CACAUACAAAAAUAAUUUACAAUAUGAUGAAAGAAACACACAGACCAUACAUUAAUAUCGAUUCUGGCGACGAAAUCGUUAUUUCAGGUAUUGCUGGUAGAUUUCCAAAUUCAAACAACAUGAAUCAGUUACAAGAGAACUUAUUCAACAAUGUUGAUCUUUCUAGAACAGAUCAUGGCCGAUGGAAAAUGGAACAUCCAGAUUUACCACCACGCAUGGGAACAAUUAAUAAUGUGGAAAAAUUCGAUGCUGAUUUUUUCAACAUUUCUUUUAAGCAAGCACACACACUCGAUUCUAUGACAAGAAUAUGUUUGGAACACACUUAUGAAGCAAUUGUCGAUGCGGGGAUCAAUCCAAAGCAAUUACAAGGAAAAAAUACUGCUGUGAUUAUAGGAACAAGUAUACUUGAAUCGCAAGGAAAUUUUAUGUAUAAAAAUCUUCAGACAGAUGGUCUAGGCAUUAUUGGAUGUAGUAAAUCUACAGUAGCAAAUAUGCUUUCACAAUUGCUGGAUUUGAAAGGACCAUCUUAUACAAUCGAUACAGCAUGCAGUUCUAGUCUUUAUGCCAUGGCUCUUGGUUACCACGAAAUUAUGUCAGGUCGAUGCGAGGAUGCGAUAAUUGGAGCUUCAAAUUUAUGUUUAAAUCCUAUAAUAAAUCUGCAAUUCUCUCGUCUUGGUCCUUUGUCUUCCGAUGGUUAUUGCAGACCUUUUGAUUCUACCGCUAAUGGUUAUUCGCGUAGCGAAACCAUAUCUGUGCUAUAUCUUCAAAAGGCAAAAAAUGCUAAAAGAAUUUACGCUACAUGUAAGCAUAUUAAAGUAAACAGCGAUGGUUAUAAGAAGGAAGGAAUAACGUUCCCAUCAGAACAUAGUCAGAGUACUUUACUGACGGAAUGUUACAAGGAAUGCGAUAUAUUACCAUCUUAUCUAGAUUACAUUGAAGCCCAUGGUACCGCCACAAGAGCUGGCGAUCCUGUGGAAAUCAAGGCUAUCUAUAAUGUUUUGUGUAAAAAAAGAAAGACUCCGUUGAUGAUCGGCUCUGUAAAAUCCAAUCUAGGUCACGCUGAAUCAGCAAGUUCUUUGACUCAAAUCGCUAAGGCAAUAAUAGCAUUUGAAACUGGUCUCGUUCCACCAAAUAUCAAUUACAUAUCACCACGAAAGGAUAUAGAUGCUCUUAUAAAAGGAGACAUCCAUGUUGUUACGGAAGCAAUGCCACUUAGGAACGGUUACAUAGGCAUUAAUUCUUUCGGCUUCGGAGGAGCCAAUGCUCAUUUAAUAUUAAAAUGGAAUACCAAACAGAAGGUUAACAGUGCAACACGAACCGAUAGCUUGCCAAGACUUGUGACAUUGUCCGGACGUACUGAAAAAUCAGUAAAAUCGUUUUUAAACGAUGUCGCUAAUCAUUCCACAGAUGUCGAAUAUAUUCGUUUAUUACAUGAUGUUUAUGCGGACAAUAUAGAGGGUCACCCAUGGAGAGGAUAUAUUAUACUAGACACUUUGCAACAAAAUUCAAUACAGGAGAUCCAAAAUAAUGGGAACGAAAAAAGACCUAUUUGGUUUAUAUUUUCUGCCUUAGGCACGCAAUGGCCACGGAUGGGUCAAAAUUUAUUAAAAUUUCAUGUUUUUGAAAAUACUAUAAAAAUGUGUGACACUGUUUUAAAAUUAUAUGAUAUAAAUAUUAUGAACAUAUUAACAAACAAAACUGAAAAAGCGUAUGAAAGCGCUUUACACACAUUUGUCUGUAUCGUCGCCAUUCAGAUUGGCUUGGUAGAUCUUCUCACAUCCUUAGAAAUUACUCCGGAUUACAUGAUUAGUCAUUCUGCUGGUGAACUUGGUUGCGCGUAUGCGGAUAAAUGUUUAACUAUUGAACAAACUAUUUUAUUGGCGUACUUUAUUGGUUUAACUUGUAUCGAAGAAAAUGCGAUUCAUAGUUCUAUGGCAAUUGUGAAUUGUGAUUACAAAUGUCUGAAAAAUAUAUGUCCAUCGGAUAUUGAAAUGGUGUAUUACAAUAGUCAAAAGAGUAAUAUUAUAAGCGGGCCCGCAGAAUCCAUAAAAGAAUUCGUGAAAAAAUUACAGAUUAAUAACAUUAACGCGAAAGAAAUCUCUUGCGAUGUACCAUAUCACAGUUAUUAUUUCGCAUCCGUGGAAAAUCGACUUUUGUUUAAUUUGAACCAAAUAAUACUAUGCUUGAAAAAACGAAGUCCAAGAUGGAUUAGUACCUCCGUACCUUGCAUGGAAUGGUCCAAAGAGGUAGCGGAAUUAUCUUCAGCGAACUAUCACACGCAUAGUAUACUCAAUACUGUUUUCAUUGAACAAGCAAUGAAUUUAAUUCCAAAUAAUGCUGUAACUAUCGAAAUUGGACCGGAUGGCGUUCUGCAGCGUAUUUUGAGAGAAUCCUUACAUCCAAAAGUGACGAACAUCAUACUGACUCAGUGCAUUGAACAAAAUUCGACCGAUGUAAUUUUACGAGGGAUUGGAAAACUCUAUAAUUGUGGUUUACAACCGCAGAUUGCUAACUUAUAUCCGCCAGUGGAAUUUCCAGUUAGUCGAGGCACUCCUAUGAUAUCUCCAUCUAUCAGGUGGGAUCAUUCUAAAGAUUGGUUUGUGUCAACUUAUCAAUCACAGAAGGACAUAGAAUCCAGCGAAAGACAUGUCGAAAUCAGUCUGAACGACGAGAACUAUAACUAUAUGAUCGGUCAUGUAAUCGAUGGAAGAAAUUUAUUACCAGCAACUGGAUAUCUUGCACUCGUGUGGGAAACUAUCGGCAUGAUGGAAGGAAAAAUAUAUACAACUAUGCCAAUAAUAUUUCGAGAUAUAAAUUUUAUUCGUGCUACUCAUUUAUCGAAUAAUAUUACAAAAUUAACAAUUUCAAUACAAAAAGACAGCGGAAAAUUCGAAGUUACCGAAGGAGAUAGCAUUGUGGUUACAGGUAAAGUGCAUGUUACAUCGAAUCCAAAACAGGAAAUGAUUCCGAACAGUCUAUUGCCGGAAGAUGACAAAGAAGAAGAGCACAUGACUGUUCGAGAUAUCUAUAAAGAACUGAAAUUACGCGGCUAUCAAUAUAGUGGCUGGUUCCGUGGAUUAAAAAGCGCAUCUAUAUCAUACAACAAAGGACAUAUUGUUUGGAUAAAUAAUUGGGUAACUUUUAUGGACACUAUGCUGCAACUCUAUAUUCUUGGAUAUGAUACUAGGGAUUUAUAUGUUCCUACGAGUAUUCGAGAAUUGGUAAUUAAUCCUGCGCUACAUAUGUCAGUGUUGAAGUUUCAAGUGACCGAAAAGGAUAAAAUAUUACCAGUACGAAUAUAUAGAGAAAUAGAUGCGAUUAUAUCUGGUGGAAUAGAAAUUCGAGGCGCUAAAGCUACCAUGAUUUCUCGUCGGAAAUUAAACCAGAAUCCCGUUAUCGAAGAAUACGUAUUUGUGGCACAUCAUGACCAUGCGAAAAUAUCUUUAGACGAAGCGAUCCAAAUAUCAGCGCAGCUUGCGUUGGAAGAUCAUCAGAUAAUUAAAAUAAAAGCUAUUGAAUUGGUAGAAGAUACUGAUAAUGUAACGUUCGAAGAAUUAUCAUCCCUGUUGUUAAUUAAAACUUUUAAUGAUAUGCCGUUAAUACAGACAAAUAUUACCAUUUUAACAUCAGCGAAUCGUUUUAAUUCAACAAAAUUGCCACAGAAUGUUGAAAUCGCAGAACUAAAUGAACCAUCUAUAAAUGAUAAAGUCUUAAUAGCUGUCGGAUUCAAUCUCUUGACGAAACAACAAAAAUCAUUAGAAAGACUUUUGUCAUUCGUGAGAGAUGGUGGUUAUGUGUUGACGCGCGAACGAAGCAACAUAAUUAAUUGCGAUAUAUACUUACGACAAUAUAACUUAAAUGUUAUUCUUGAAAAGCGCACUGAAACAGAAGUAAUUAUGCUUCUGAAGAAAAAAGUUGAGAUAAAGAAAAUGACUGUUGUCUAUAUAAAUAAUGAUAAUUUUAAUUGGCUCGAAGAAUUAAAGCUGCUUUUGAACGAUGAAAAUCAACUUGUUAAAGACAAUAGAAUCAUAAUUGUUGGAGAAGGAGAUUUUGAGUGCGGUUUGUUAGGCUUCAUUAAUUGUUUGAGAAAAGAAUCAGGCAGCUUUGUCAGAGGUGUAUUUAUUCAAGAUGAGAAGGCUCCUAAAUUCUCUCUACAAAAUCCUUUUUAUAUGCAACAGUUGCAAAAAGACAUGUCUAUUAAUGUUUUGCGUUCUAACAAAAUCUGGGGAUCUUACAGACAUUUACCAUUGCCUCGUCCAGAAGCUCAACCUGUACCUUUCGCCUAUGUUUGUCAAAUGGUUCGUGGUGAUCUAAGUACAUUUUGUUGGGCGGAAAAUGCUAUAUCUGAUUCUCAUCUUGAAGAUUUGAUACGUGUAGUGUAUUCGUCUAUCAAUUUCAGAGAUGUAAUGUUAGCAACUGGCAAACUAAAUUCAUUGCCGACUGCAAUAUCCCAAGAACGAUUUCAACGAACAUCUCUUGGAAUGGAAUAUGUAGGAUUCGAUGCCAAUGGACAUCGUAUAAUGGGGCUCCGAGAUAAUAAAUGUAUAGCAAACGUCGUUGUGAAAAAUAAAAAUUUAUGUUGGGACAUACCUGAUACAUGGACGUUCGAAGACGCUGCUACGGUUCCGUGCGUUUACAGCACGUGUUAUUUCGCCUUAUACAUUUGUGGAAAGAUGAAGAAGGGUGAUAAAAUACUUAUACAUUCUGGUACUGGAGGCAUUGGACAAGCAGCUAUCCACCUGGCUCUUAACGAAGGAUGCGAGGUGUUCACUACCGUAGGUACAAUUGAAAAGCGAGAAUUUAUUAAGAGAAUGUUUCCGACUAUUAUGGAUAAGCAUAUUGGAAAUUCUCGAGAUACCAAUUUCGAACAAAUGAUAAUGUUGUAUACGAACGGUCGCGGCGUAGAUAUCGUGCUGAAUUCCUUGGCGGAAGAAAAACUCAUUGCGUCCGUUCGAUGUCUAACACGAAAUGGUCGUUUCCUAGAGAUUGGCAAAUUUGAUCUUGUUUCUAACAAUCCUCUAGAUAUAAUGUUGUUUCAAAAAGGCAUUAGUUUUCACGGAAUUCAAUUGGAAAAUACAUUUCUGGGUUAUCACAAGCAUAUGUCUUUAACAUCUAAAAUGAUGGCUAACGAUUUGAAAAAGGGGAUCAUCAAACCACUUCAGGUGAAAGUUUUUCCAAAAUCAGAAAUUGAGGCAGCUUUUAGAUACAUGUCAAGUGGGAAACAUAUAGGAAAAAUAAUUUUGAAGAUUCAAGAGGAAAAUCAAUCACUGAACGGGCUCGUUGUCGCACAUCGUCGUUACUAUUGUUUCAGUGACAGAAGCUACAUUAUAUUAGGAGGUUUAGGUGGAUUCGGUUUGGAAUUAACUGAUUGGCUGAUAUUAAGAGGUGCCAAGAACGUUGUGUUGAUUUCACGAACUGGUAUAAAAAAUGGUUAUCAACGUAUGAAAAUUCAAUUGUGGAAAUCCUAUGGCGUAAAUGUACUCAUUAUUAAUAAAAUCGAUGUAUCUAACCUUGACGAUUGCGAACAUCUUUUGCGAACUGCAGAAAAAAUGGCACCGGUGGAUGCGAUAUUCAAUCUCGCUAUGGUGUUGAACGAUCGCAUUUUGAAGAAUCAAACCACCGAUAACUUUGUGGAAUCCUUCAAAUCGAAAGCCUGGGCGACGCAAAUGUUAGACAAGCUAUCCAGAAAGAUUUGUCCUAAACUACGACAAUUUGUAAUGUUCUCUUCUAUUACUAGUGGCAAAGGGAACGCUGGACAAACGAAUUAUGGUAUGGCCAAUUCUGUUAUGGAGAGGGUGUGUGAGAAGAGAGCGAAAGAUGGAUUACCAGGAUUGGCGAUUCAGUGGGGAACCAUAGGUGACGUGGGUUUUGUCGCUGAUAUGCAAGAAGAGAAUAAGGAACUCGUUUUCGGUGGCACUUUGCAACAAAAAAUAUCUAGCUGCCUUGAUAUACUCGAUACAUUUUUACUUCAAAACCGCCCAAUUGUAAGCAGCAUGAUUGUAGACGAGAAAAAAGCAAAUUCUUCCAGAUUUAGUAAUAUGAUAGAAACUAUCGCUAAUAUUUUAAAUAUAAAAGAUAUAAAUAAGAUAAACAAAAAUACAUCUCUAUCUGAUCUUGGAAUGGAUUCUAUGAUGGUUGUGGAAAUUAAACAAAUUUUGGAACGAGAAUUCGAUAUCUUUUUCACUGCACAAGAAAUACGGAUCCUUACUUUUACAAAAUUAAUUGAGAUGUCCAAUACAAACAUUGAUGAAGACAAUACGCAAACUGAAAAUUCAAAUGAUAUUAGAAAUCAAGAAAUGCCGAAAUUAAUCGAUGUUUUAAAGGAUGCAGAUUUUAUGACAGAAGUUUGUUUUGAUCUCUUAACAAAAAAAGAAGAAAGUACAAUCCAAGUAUUUCUUAUACCGGGAAUCGACGGCUGUAUUAGUGUAUUUAAUCACUUGGCAUCAAAUAUUAAAUUUUCGACGACAUCCUUGCAGUAUAACAUAAAUAAUAUCGAUUCUAUGAACACAAUAUCGGAGAUAGUAGAUUAUCUUUUUGAGCACGUAUCAUCAAAAUUGAAAGAUGGAAGAGAUUUUGUAAUGGUAGGAUAUUCUUUUGGAUCUGUCGUCGCAAUUGAUUUAGUAAGACGAUUGGAGGCUGUAAACUUUAAAGGUCGACUUGUACUCAUCGAUGGUGCUCCGGAACAAAUACGAUUAUUAUGUGAACAUUUUAUACCAAGUUCUAACGACGUAGAACUCCAGAUUAAUAUUUUAAUCUUUAUUUUGGAAAUUUAUAAAGCAGGAAGCAGUGAAAAGGUUUUAAUGCCAUUAAAGGAGUGCAAAACUUGGGAAGAACGAUUUGAUAUUUUUGCUAAACACUUUUUAGCAAUAAAUACAUUACUUUCACCUAUAAAUCUGAAAAUACUGUGUACAACAGUGUAUAAACAUUUACUCGCUAUUCGACAAUAUGAUUUUUCUACACUAUCGCAUAUUAAAUCACCCAUAAUGUUACUGAAAGCGACAUUGUUACCUGUACGUAAGAUUGAAGAAGAUUAUGGUUUGCACAAGAUAACUCGAAACAAAGUGGAAAUACAUUACAUCGAGGAUGAUCACUUUACUAUCUUGAGAAACAAGAAAGUAGCAGCUGCGAUUAAUGGAGAGCCACUAUGAUAUUGAAUUAUUCAUUAAAUAUUACAUUAAUAUAUGUAUAACAUAUAUUACAUUAAUGUAUAUUAAAAUACACGGCAUUGAUCAUAAUUAAUUAAUUAAUGUAUAUUGAUAACAAUUUGUAUAUUCGAACAUGUUAUUA